AUUUUGUUCGUCGAGAUGGCGAUUAAUGGUAACGUAGAGGAAGAUAUGAAAAUGGAAGAAUGCAAAGCGACGGCAGUGUAUAUGUGCGGUUAUCUUCCCGGAGUUUCCCCGGAGAAAUCGCCGAUACUCUCUCUGGUUCCAGUACCUCUUCCGGCAUCAUCAAGUCACUGCGGUGAUUCAUGGAAGGAUGUUUGCGGUGGUGGAUGUGGAUUUGCCAUGGCCAUUUCAGGAUCCGGAAAGCUCGUAACUUGGGGUUCGACAGAUGAUGAAGGUCAAAGCUAUAUGACUUCUGGGAAGCAUGGGGAGAUACCACAGCCUUUUCCUCUUCCACAUGAAGCUUCAGUAGUGAAGGCUGCGGCUGGCUGGGCACAUUGUGUAUCAGUUACAGUGAAAGGGGAAGUAUACACCUGGGGAUGGAAAGAGUGUGUUCCCUCUGUAAAAAUUAUCCAUGUUUCAGCAGCUGCUGGGAGCUUCCAAAAGGAUAAUAAUGGAAAACAGAAUGCAUUGCUGACUGGACAAGUAAGUCCAAGGUCCCAAGGAUCAAGUGUAACAGGUAGGACAGUUUCUCAAUCUGACAACAGAAAGGCUGGAGAGGAAAUUAUAAAGAAGAGAAAAGUGUCAACAGCUCAAGAAGAGUUCGAAAAUUCGUCAUCUGGAGAUGACUUUUUCACAGUGUCACCUUCUCUUGUAACUCUGGGUCCUGGAGUAAGGAUCACCAAUGUUGCUGCUGGUGGUCGUCACACUUUAGCAUUGUCAGAUAUGGGACAGGUUUGGGGUUGGGGCUAUGGAGGCGAAGGGCAGCUAGGUUUGGGAUCCCGGAUAAAAAUGGUGUCUUCUCCUCAUCUCAUACCAUGCCUUGAUACAUCUGUUUCUGAGAAAGACAGGUCCUUGAUAGUCCCCCAAGGAAGCUUGAAUUUGUCGGCACAAGCUUCUAAAUUCCCUGGAAAUUAUGUGAAAGAAAUUGCUUGUGGAGGUCGCCAUAGUGCUGUAGUAACAGAUGCAGGAGCACUAUUUACAUUUGGAUGGGGACUCUAUGGACAGUGUGGGCAAGGAAGCACAAAUGAUCAGCUGAGGCCUACUUGUGUGCUUUCUUUAUCGGAAAUUCAAGUAGAAAGAGUUGCUGCUGGACUAUGGCAUACUGUUUGUAUCACUGCAAAUGGCCGUGUAUAUGCUUUUGGUGGGAAUCAGUUCGGACAACUUGGAACUGGAGAUGAACAGGCGGAGACACAACCAACGCAAUUGGAUGCACCAAGUUUGGAAAGUAAGUGUGCAAAAAUAGUAUCUUGUGGGGCUCGACAUAGUGCCAUUCUGACAGAGGACGGCCAAGUAUACAGUUGGGGAUGGAACAAGUACGGUCAGCUUGGCGUGGGUGACUCAAUCGACCGUAACAUUCCUUCUCGCGUUCCCAUUGAAGGUUGUCGGCCAAAAAAUGUUGCUUGUGGUUGGUGGCACACGCUACUGCUGGCGGAAACACCACUUUGAGUCCUUACAUUCAUCAUAGAUAACAAAGUGGUGACAGUUUUGCUAGGAUAGCGACUUCUUCCCCCAGUUUAUUUUUAUUUGACGCUUGUACUCUCGCGUAUAAUGUAUAUACUGCAUGAAAGCAUCUGUCAAAUUUUCUUUUCUUUCUCUAGGAGAUAGCAAACUGGUACUUCAUAGCAAAAAAACGACAAUAGUCCUUGUAAUGAUACAAUAGUCUUUUAGAUUGCAACUUUUUGUUUCUUCUAAAGGAAAUUCCACUGGCA